GCGAUUGCAUCGACUGUCAACGCUGGAGAGACUUGCGCCAUGGAGACAGAGGACAUUGUAAAGGGUCUUGCAGAUGGCAGCAAGGAAGGGAUUUCGGCUGAGAUGAACACCACUGACUGUGCAGACGUGCUGGCAACAAUAUAUGCACAUACUGCAGAGAUGAUGGGUAAUGGUGAUGAAUCAGACAAUGAUGCAGGAGGGAGCACUUGUGAGACGGAAAAGGUUGGGGAAGAGAGAGGAGAGGGAGGUAUGGGGAGCAGGGAAAAUCAUGCAGGGUGUAUUGUUGAGGAUGAAAAUGUGGUCAAGACAUUAGCAAGAGAACAGUUCCCAUAUGACAUCAAUUGGGUGCCUGGUCGUGUUCAACCGGGUAUUGUUGGAGGAGUACCCUGCUUCGCGUUCAAAGUGGCUGGGACUUGGGUUCCAUUUCCUGUCUCCAAAACAAGCGCAUGGCGAAACGUGACUCUGUCAAUCGUGUUUGACAGAGUUAUAAGGUUGAACGAUGCGGCAAGAGCUCGGAAGAAAGGGCAACAUGUGUUGAAAAUGUGGCGUGUUCUGGAGGCGAGGGGCGAGUUGAGGCUUAACAAUUUUUUGUACGACAGUUUUGAUUGCGGAACGCCAUGGGUGAUUGGUGGGAACGAUGCAGCAACGAGAACGGUGUGCCCCGAGAAUGAUGCAAGGAGGGAUCCUAGGUGGGGUUUGGUGCCAUAUGAGAUCCCGAUUACAUGUGGCCGGGUGAGGAUGCAGAUGCGUGAUGCCAUGGGAAAUGUCUGGAACACGCAUUACAUCAAUGGCAGGUUCUCCUUCAGGCAUCUCAACAGGGAGGUGUCAGAAGAGGAGAAGAAGGCAAUGACAUGUCCCCCUCAUACUGCUGAGUGCUUUUUCCCACCGCUUUGGAACCCAAUGGAGUUGGAGGUGGUGGACGGGAAACUGUUCUCUGGUGAGGAUGGUGCCACAUACACAGCUGUAAGAGGGCAGGAAGCCACGUAUGAUGGACUAUGGUCGCAGAUAUGGGACCAUGUCACAUUGAGGCGUGACGUUUUGACUGCCACGGACAUUGGGGCCCAUGUCAUCCCUGAGGGACAGUUGCAGCAGCAUAUGGCCCCUGAAAAGUAUGGCUAUCGCGUCAAUUGGGUCCCGGGAUGUGGAUUGACGUGGAAGGGCAAGAGGAUAGAGAAGCGCUCCAGAAUUUCCCGUUUGUCUGCUGAGGUGGAGGGCGCAUGUGGUCCUGGUGGCAGCGCAGGGUGCUCUGCAGCACAGGGGGAAACGGUCGGCCCAAGUCACGCUGCAAUGUCCCAGAGCCCGAGGAAGAUGAAGAAGUGCGCGUCGAAACCGCCAACUGGGAAGACGCCUGCAGACAAAAAGAAGAAGAGCCCAAAGCCCGUGCCAGCCACCGAUAACACUGCAGAUGCACGCAGUCAGCCCAUAUAGAGAAGAGGACAAAAGACAAACUGUACCAUCAUGUCGAUGUCAGUAGCACAGGUGGAGAAGGAUCUUGCUGAGGUAAUGAAGUAUGCAGCGGAGGGCAUCCACUACAACGGUGACAUCGAGUUCUCUUUGCUGAAGGAGAGGGUGCCGAGGUACUUCGCAGUCAGUGUGGAUAUGAGAUCCACAAUCAUGGCAAAUGACGAGGGCUGUGUCAAGGCACGAAUGCUCUUGCAACGCUUCAGAGAGUCACCAUGUGUACACGUGGACAACGAAGUGGAACACAGUCCUUAUAGUCUAAAAGGAGUGGUUCAGUGGAUGUGCAACGAAGGGAUGUGCGAAGAUGGAGACGUGGACAUGACAAUGCACCAAAAAGGGGGAACGUAUGCACCUGCAGAUUUCAAAAAGUUGCUGGGCAUUAUGGCGAAGAACUCUGACAUGCUUGUUGAUGGGUCCAAGGACGAAUUGAAAAGUGGUGCUGCAAAGAUCUUGGUGUUGUCCAGAAUGAAGGACAUCACACAAACACCACCACAGGACUUUCAAGAUGUUCCUGUAAUUGUUGCAGAUGGUGUGGAAUAUGUUCUGCUGGAUCAGCUCUGCGAUUUCAUGAAAAAGAGUGAUGAGGACAGGAACGUCAUCCACGAGGUGUUGCACGAAGUGACAGAGUUUGCACUGCAGGGUAAAGAUCUGAUCGAAUUUAAUAUGGACAGCGGUCCACGGGUAUGCGACUGUGGCAUGCCUUUCAUGUCCUUACGAACUUUGAAUUCACAUCGUGCGAGGGCAUGCCCGGGUGUGGUGGACAAAAGAGCACAAGGGCAGGAGAUGGGUGUUGUUGACGCCUGUGGACCAUCAAACAUAGGUGCUGUGAAUCUCGUGAGCGAUGAGAGCGGGGACAUCGCAGCCCCUGAGAACGCAGACGGGGAGGGCGGGUCAUUCGCAGAGCAGCAACCGCCGCCUGCCGAGUCUUUUGACAACUGUCGCAAGCUUGUGGCACUGAUUUUCUCUGCCAGGGGCGGCGUCGGUAUGUCGCAGAGUGACAUAGAUGCUCUCUUGUCACUUCUCAAAGACCCGAGAUUCAGCACGACAGACAUUGCGUACCGUAAUAGUCGAGAGUGUUUGACAUGGGCAGGCAGUCUAGCAGAGGCUGCGGGAUGGAAGGAGUCGGAUCUGCAUAGCGACGACUGGCCACGAGAUGCGCACGCCAUCUUGUGGCACCGCGAUUGGCGAACCACAUUUCUGUCGAUUUUUAAUAUCGCAUUACAGAAAUGCGAGACGGUGUUUUGUCUAGAGGCGAGAGCACGGAUCAAAAGUUUCAGUCCCAUCAAGUCAGCCUUUUUUCUUUCAAAGCUGAAAGAACGCAAUGAGUCCCCUCGUUCGACUCCCGCCUCACGGAGCCGUGCCAGCGAUGCCGAGAACCGUUCGCCCAGGGCCCCCGAGAAGAGGUCGCGGGAAGAUCAAAUCACAAAGGUGCACCGCACCACAAAGAAGAGAAUCUCCUACAGAAAGGACACAAGGGUGGACACGAUUGAUCUGAGAGGGUCGGACAAUAUGCACAGCGGAGCCCGAGAGGAAGCAGAGGAGGAACACGGCCACCCCUCACCGGAAAAGUCCGACAGGGAGGAUGACAACGCAUCAAGGGACGAGGUCGACGACAGUGAGACCUCCCACGGACAUCCUCGCGACACUGACGAGGCUGACGACAACGACGGCGGGAGUGACGACGACACCGCGCACGAAGAGAGUGACGAUGGGUCAGCCCAAGACGACAGAAGCGCAUCUAGAAGAGCGAAUGACACGAACUCGCAAGCAAAAGUGUGCGCGAAUAGUGGAGGACAACAUCAAGUGAAUGAAGAGUCUGGUGCAUUCACAAAGAGAAUGAGGGGCAGGCUAUUCCGCUCGGUCGCGAAAGCCUUUGCGUUCUCCGCAGCAAAGGACGCAACUCUGUACCCUACAGAGGAUGCAUUUUUCACAUCGCUGCAAACCACGACCAAACUGGUCGGGGAGAUUGUGGAGGAAGGACUGCGCUCACACGUAGCGUCCUGCGGGAUUCGAGCAGUUAUAGGGGAGUGCGACAGAAUGAUGACGAUCGUGCAUGGGGAAAUAACAUGGCAACUGAAACAUUGGUUUUGGGCUGAAAAAGGGAUCCCGCUUGUGCGGUCGCAGCAAACAGAUCACCAGCUCCCCACUCGCAACAAGAUGCGAGCAGAGAUGAAGGAAAAUAAAACGUGGAGACGGAGCGGCGAUGAUCCUUGGGCCGCCCCUGCCUUCAAGACGACACUCACCAAGGUUUUUCAGAUGAGGAGGGACGGCGUCAACCUUGGAGUGACACUGCAGGAAUUAGCUUUUGCGGAGAUGGGUAUGCAAUGCGAAAAGGAGCAGAUAACAAAGACCACCAAAGCAGCGGAGCAGAUUGAAAAAUUGGUUUCUAUAAAGCAAGACAUCGUAUCAUCUCUUCGUAGCCGCGAUACAAUCAUGAGUUUUUCGAUCUUCAAGCUGGAUCGUGUCGUAUCCGUAGCUGAGAAGGCUGCUGCGCUGUUUCGAGCUGGUGUGCCGUUUGUCCACAGGAGUGGGCCUCCUACCACCACAAUAACGGAUGAUGAUUUCGACCUCGAGUUCAUUGCACCUCAGCGUGAGAGAAGCACAGACGAGGAGAGGGAUACAGAAGAUAGUCUAGUCUUCCUCGCCGUGGGAGAGGAGGACAGACGCCGCACCCACAGACGGACCGCAUCGAAUCUCAGGAGGAGACGGAUCCGCUCAGGUUCGGGAAGCGAAAGCUCGACACUUUUGUCGAAGCUGGUGGCAUGGGAACAGGCUUUUAAGUACUUGGCCGUUUUGGAUAACAUAUCGCCCUACAUGAAGUCCAUCGUCGUGGAAUCUCGUCCUCCGCCACGUGGCAUGUUCGGCUUCUUGUGGCGCUUCUGCCUCGGCAUUCAGUCGCUGAUGGACGACUCUCUUGUGGAGGAGCGUAAGAGCGUCUUCUGUAUUGCGAAAAUGCCCUUCAAAGACUCCGACGAAGUUCAUAGGCGGAUGCUGUUCAGCGUUUACGUCAGACUGACAGGUGAUUCCAGACCCGUUCCUCGACUAGGGGACCACUGGGAAACUAUAGGGUUCCAAGGCAAAGACCCAGCCACAGAUCUGCGGGGAUGCGGGAUGCUUGCGCUGCUGCAGCUGCUGUAUGAAGCGGAGCACAAUGCAGAGAACAUGGGCUGCAUCUUCAGACUGUCCCAGGAUGGAACUCACGGGUUUCCGCUAAGUAUCAUUUCAAUCAACAUCACCAAAUGGGCGUUGGAAUCACUGCGCGCCGGAACGUUAUCGAGAGAGAUCAAUAAGCAGAGGAGCGUGAUGGACGUGAUUAAUCAGUUCCAUAGGGGGGCUUUGCAUGACUUCUACAAUAGAUGGAAGAAUGGGGGAAUGACAAUGUUGCACUCGGGGUUUCUGCUGAAGGAGGUGGAGGAAGCAGCGAUGAAAAGACCGACGGCGACGAUCGGCCGAGCGUCGAGCACAUUGAAGGAGUGGGUGCCGCCUCGGGUUCCGCUGGCAGUGGAAUCUCGUGUUACAUCGCUGUAUUUAAUCGCGUCGCCGCAACUUCCACAAUUUCAACACUCCCCACUGCCAACCUCUUCCACUUCCAAUGCGAUAGUCCCUUUCCGUCCUAACCCCAUCCCUACCACUACUGCUGCACCCUGGAUACCUAGACAACGGAACAAUGACGGCGAGGUUUUCUCGUUUCUCCGCGAACUCGUUCAUGACAAAAGAGAAGAGAAGGACAGGAGGCGCGAAGAGGAGGAACGUCGAAGGAAGGAAGAGCAAAGAAGGAUUGACAAGGAAGAGGAGAGAAAACGACUCGAGGAAGAAGAGGCUCGGCAGGCUGAGAAGGAAGCUCGUAUGGCCAGAAUCAUCCACUCCAAGAUGGAGGAACUUGACAGACAGCACCAGGCAAGAACUGAAGAGGAGAAUAAAAAGAUUUGGAAGGAGAUUGAGCGAGUGGUUGAAGAACCAUCACGCAGCAAGCAUGAGAACGAGGCAGCUGUCGAGGAAGUUGACAACCGCAAACGCUCACAACAACGGAACAAUGACAGCGAGGUUGUCUCGUUACUCCGAGAACUCGUUCAUGACAGAAGAGAAGAGAAGGACAGGAGGCGUGAAGAGGAGGAACGUCGAAGGAAGGAAGAGCAAAAAAGGAUUGACAAGGAAGAGGAGAGAAAGCAACUCGAGGAAGAAAAGGCUCGGCAGGCUGAGAAGGAAGCUAAUAUAGCCAGAAUCAUCAACUCCAAGAUGGAGGAACUUGACAGACAGCACCAGGCAAGAACCGAAGAGGAGAACAAAAAGAUUUGGAAGGAGAUUGAGCGAGUGGUUGGAGAACCAUCACGUAGCAAGCAUGGGAAGGAGGCAGUUGUCGAGGAAGUUGACAACCGCAAACGCUCACAGCAUAUGAUCGAAGGGUCUCCUCCGACUCUCCCAGCUCAGGGCAAGGCCCGUACUACGACACCUACACAACAAGGACCUCCUCUUUCAUCUUUGGACGCUGGUCUUCUUCUCAUGGAGAUUGAUAAUGUUCAGCGUACGCAGGACACUCAGUUCAGCGUUAUCCGCAGAAAGGCCGUGGUUGCCUCCCCCGGUAAAGAAGGCCGAAAGAAGUACGCAGAAGACCUAAACAAAGAACUGCUCACCAAGACUAAGCACCAACUAGAGUCGCUCUGCAAGGCCGACAAGAUCAAGUAUUGUACCAAGAAGCAGGCCUCUGCCGAUCUGGCGGAGAUCCGUACACGAGAUUCAUACGGCGACGACUCAGAUGACGAAGGCCUUGACAAUAUUGCGUCAGACACUCAAGAGGAGAACCCCUCUUGAUAAUUUGCGGAUCCCGCCGUUAUUUGGCGGUACUAGUUUAAAACCUUUGGUAACAGGAGAGAUGUGGCCAUGAGGGCGUCAGAAUGGGAAUAUAGAGAAGCAUAUGCACGAUUUUUUGUCAUCCUCCUCGCUUUUUUUGGUCAACUAGCUUGGGCUAAGAAGUUUCUUAGUUUAUGGUCAGAUAUCCUUGCAAAUGGUCUAGAUCUGUUUCACCCCGCUGGUCCUUGUGUCUAUGUACUGAUUUCCCCUUUCUUCCAUGCAGUUUAUAUCGGUUCAACGACUAGGAAUCUUACGGAUCGCUGGCAUGAACACAUUAGACUGCCUUAUAGCUGCACUGGUAGUCAUUCCCAUCGUCUCAAAUCCUGGCUCGGUAAGAAAGGCUGGUACUGAUACGUUGCUUUCCCUAUCGCCUUCCCUCCGCUGGAGGAAUUGAGACAUGUUGAAUCCCUCUUGAUAUCACGAUGGAACCCUGCGCUCAACUCUCGUGUUUUUCACAAGAAGCAUGGAUGUCGUAGGAAAGGAAGAAGAGAGAAGGCUAUUUUUCUCAAUCACCAAGGAGUUACUCGCACCUCCUUUCCAGGAAGGCUCAUCUGUUUUUCCGUUGCCCCUGGUCCGUCCCUCCCUCCCCCCAACCCCUCGCCAUAUUCCUACUCUCUCCUCUCCUACCUGGAUGCUUUCGAAGUAAAGGUGUUACCACCGC